AAGCUUUUUCACCUCUACUGAGACAAUUCAAGUCAUUUCUGCUCCCAAACUGUCUGCAACUCCUGAGGUGACAAGUGUUCUUCCCUGCAAUGGACCGAGCAGUGACCACCACGCUAUAUCCCAACCCUCGGAGGCUUCCUCAAGCGAUACAGCAGCCGCGUCAACAGAGACCAUAACUGUUUGGCCUGUUCCAGAAGAGUCAACGUCGACUCAAGAGACAACGACUAGCGUCACUUCUACCAUCACAAGUGUCGUUACGAAGACUCGUGCGCCUGUUUCUGAGGCCAGUACGAGCUCUGCCAUGAAGUUAGCAACUCUUCGAUCCACUGGGCUCAGUACUAGCUAUCAGAAUGUGACUUACGCAUCGACUGCAAGCUCUCUCUCGGCGUCUAUCUUCUCACCUUUCCGUUCUAUUAUGUCCCUUUCUGUUCCGGCCAUCAAUCGUACCAUGCGUGUGAGACAUAUGCCGAAACGCGAAGCUGAUACGUGGAUCACUGCAACAAUCAAUAGAGAGACCGUCUCAUGGGGAAAGAAAUACAAUGCCCUGAUACCUAGCUGGAGUUCUGUUACUGGAAAGAAUCCCGGAGGUCCUGCUAUUACCGCUACGGGGACCGUUCCAUCUCCCAUCAAGAUGUCUACAUCAGCGACAACCUCGACAUUCACCCCUACAUCCCCGCUGACUCCUUGUGGUGAAGUUGCAGAUUUCAAGAUUGAUUUUGAUACACUUCCCGCUCCGCCUGCGCCCGGCCUCUUCCCUCCGAUCUUCAGCCCAUAUAAACAUUUCUUCUUCACCUCUGGUUGGUAUUAUGGAGCAUCUUAUGGAGGUUACAGUCCGGCCUCCCCUCCAUACCUGGCUGUGCACCAGCAAUCCCCAUCUCUCGGUGCAUAUGGUGACGCGGCGUUUUCGGUUGGUCCACGAGUUGCGGAUGACAGGUUCUGGUUCAAUGCUUCGUCCUUAUUCUUCGGCUGCCGCGGUCCAGAAUUAGCAUACUGCGAAGUCAGAAUAUCCGCAUUCAAAUAUUCACCUCAGGCUGGAACGGAGUACAAGGCUCAUGAACACAUUUACUUCAUCCCAGCGUGUUCUAAGGCUGAAGAUUGUCCAUUGCCGCUCCUUGCCCUCAAUUCGAAGUUUAAGGGUCUGACUAGCAUGGCGUUCAGCGCAACAGUCGCCAAUAUCUCCGUUCCUUGGGUGAUUGACGACAUCCAGCUCGGUUGGUACAACGACACUUGUGCUGCUGGGCAGGUCCGCGCACGCUCUAUCUAAAGCCGUCUCUUCAUCUUGGGAUGGUCCACUUGAUGAGUAUGCACUGCAUUCGCAAAGAUCGGAAGAAAAAAAAUAAUAAAAAAAGUAUCGGGGAAUGAAAAAUGAAAUGAAAUGCUAAGACUGUUCAAUUUUCGAUGGAUUGCUUUACUCACGCUUGUCAAAUCUUUUAUGUCACUACCGGAUAUGAAAGUGGACUGAGCCUGUAUUUCUUCAUCGAAUGAGAGAAUGAUUUCUGCAUGAAAGUGGAGAUCUUGUAGGUCUAUGGCAAUAAAUAGAGCGGCGGAAAGCCUUUGGUCCUGACACUUAGGGUCCCGUCUCUUCGCU